AUGACGGAACCAUUGUCACGGUUCACGAUUCCGAAAAAAGCGAGGGUAGAGGUGCCGCAGCCCUCUCCAAUAAUUUCAGGUUUGUUAAAGAAAGGCAUUUUUCGAAAUUAAGCUGAAACAUCCGCAUGCUGUCGGUGUUGAGUAUCAUCGAGGUGGAAUGAAGGACACGAAACAUAAUUGAAACUUGAUACUUCUUCACAUUCACCUCACACAUUUGUUGGUAAAGAACGGCUGCCUUUGCGUCUCCGUGAGAUGACCUCGCUUCGUAGGCGGGGAGAACCAAGCCGGCGGUAACCUACAGUAGAUUCCACUCAGUAUUACCGAUACUUGAGUUUUACCGAGAUGUUACCGGGAGGACGUAUCACGACAGAAAACUGAAAAUUAUCUUACUUUGCAGAAAUUUACCGUGACUGAUCCGUAAUUAGCCCGAGAGGACGAAUUUUACAUUUCGAUAGAAUUUUCCCGGUUUUCCCAAUUUUGUUCUACAGCUCCAGUCAAAAUUUGUUUCUAUUGCCAGUCAUUUCCAUCAGUAGCCGAUAUUAGCAGUCAUUGGAAACUCACGAACGAACACGUUGAAAACAUUCGUCUGUUUACUACAGUAACCUACCGUAUUAUGUUUUUUGUCGAGUUGAGCAUGCCGAAUGACUGGUAGAAAAAGUGAGCAAUUAAUACGGAUCAAAAAACAGUGAUUUCUACAAUGUCAAAAUUGUUUUUUCAUUUCUUGUUCUGAUACCUCCUUCGAUUGAGAUUGACCAAAUAUGUUUUCACAUUUAUCAAGUUCUGAGUAAUUUUUGGAUUUGUUCUGCAGAAAUGAGAGUGCUAUUCUUUCAGAUGGCUUCAAGAAGAGGUUGGCUACGCAAAAGGAAACAGAAGAAAUAAUUUCAAAGCUUUUCCUCAACGACCCGGAGCAGAGACCCAAGUGGAAUUGUAUGAAGGCAACGAAAAUCGAGUUGAUCGAAAAUCCCAAGAUGGAACAGAAGGUCCGUGUUUUGAGCAUCUACUGUUUUCACACUUUUUUGCUUUCAGUUCCUGGCUUAUAAAAAGAGGGUCCAACCGAACGAGGAAUUUUAUGGAUAUCGUGCUGUGUACGAAGACGACGAAAUCAGAUCGAUUUCGGCGAAUGGACUCAGCGUGAAAACAGAUUUGUUCGGGGACAUCGGCGAUCCGAGCAAGGGCGUCGUCAUGUACAACACUCCAGCAGUUGCGCAUCCCGUUCCAAUAAUUCUCAAGAAUAUUCCGAUCACAAUCAUGAUGUUCCGAACCGUACGAGGAAAAGCUUUCGAAGUGUCGCUCGGUGCCGGAACAGCCCAUCCAAAUAAGGAAAACAACUGUCAUAUUCCUAAAAAUGUUCCGAGAAAGUCGGGCGAGAUUCGACCGAUUUACGUACGUUUCCGGAUUGAUAAACAUAGCAGCCCGUUAGUUGCAGGUCCGUCGUGCGGGAGCAGUCUACCACUACGAGCACUCCGCGAAUGGAUAUGUCAUCCAGGAGAAUCUGACAAUGCUUCUGCCACAUGCCCUCAUCACAUUCGAAGCACAGGGAAAUCCGACGAAGGAAAUGUAACUAUUCAAAACUGGUAUCGAAAGGUUCCCACUUCUUCAGGAAGGUAUUCGCCCCGAUCACGCUGGAGAAACCGUUUCUGUUCUUUGUGAAAGGAAACAAGAAGUCGGCAAUUCUUCAGUCGCUUCAUCCGAACAGCCAUUCCUCUGGAUUACUGUAAGUAUCUGACUAGUUGAAGCACGCUUAUUCUUUUCCGAAUAUCAGUGUUUCAAGAUGGUUUACAGGUUCGACAGACACAUUGAUCCAGAAGUUUAUUCGAUCAAAGAAAUCGACAACCACCCAGUAUUGAAAAGCAUCCAAAAAAAUGCGCAUACUGGAAAUCUGCUCAAUUCGAACGAGCAUCGAAUAAAUCCGGGCGAAGUUGGAUAAUUGUGAAGACGAAGUUUUACCAAGUGUUUUCAGGUGACCGGAAUGGUCAGCUACUAUCUUCUACGGCUUCAAUGCAACGAAACCGUCAGCAAACUUCUGAACGAAACAUGCCGAGUAUGUUAAGCACUACGUGGCAAAUGAGCAUUUCUAAUUUGUAAUGUUCAGUUCAUGAAAUGGUCAGAAGACAACACGACGCUGUUCUUCUUGCCAUCCGGACGCGUCGCCUCCGAGUUCGGCCUUCCUUACAUUCCUGGUUAUUCACUCUUCCGAUCGCUUUGAUUUAUUGAAUUUUUUCAGAUGCCCUUCAUCUGGUCAUGUUUGUCAAAAACGAGAAGAAGACGGCAAUUAAUGUUGAUACUAGGCUGAAACAGACAGGCCCGCUGACAUCAUUCAAGUAUUGCUUGUUUGAAGAUUGUCUCUACAAAUUAAUACGUUUCAGGCAUUACAUCGAGGACGAAAACGGCGAGUUAUCAAAAAAGAAUUCAGUUUCUGUGAUAGUGCCGCAUGUCCCACUUGUCAACCGUGUUCAAAAGAAAGGUGUCUUGGGUGUCCCUCCAAUUACUAUCCUAACAUAUCACCGCUUUCACAGAUGUAGCAUGAGGUUUUCGCAUCCGAUCUUUCACCGAAUUGCUAAUUGGUUUUUGAAGUUCCCUGCACGCUUCUCCCUUUGCGUUCUGUCAUUUGAACAGAUUAUUUACAGGAAUUUUACGGACUGCUGGACAGGCGCCAAGGGAUUUGAGAGUGAAGUUCCGUGAGAAUAUUGUCGAUGUGAGUGCUUCUUAUAAUUGUGAAAAGAACGAGUAGUUUCAGAUUCGGCAUUUCUCUGAACAUGACCAAUCAGUUCAGCCGCCGAUUGUUGCACCACCGCCAGUUGUGCAGCAGAUCGAAAAGCCACCAACAGCUGAAGAUAUCGAAGAAAAAGAAGGGCGCGACAACUUGUUCGCAGACGCGAUGGCUCAAAAUCAGCAGAGUAGGCUGCAAAAGAAUCCACCGGAUUUGGCCACUUUUGUUCCACCACCAGGUCCGCUCAACAGACAAAUGGGUAAGCAUUCGAAUGGCAGCCGAACCAGCCAGGAGUUUGCGAGAGGGGGACCAGGAGGUUCGGGUCCUCCAAGAUCUCCGAUGUAUCCUUCGAACCAAAGAGCUCCAGGAACACAGGCAGUGGCCGAAAUGUCAAAGGGACCAGGAAUAGAAGGGCCUGCAGGACGAAAAGGGCAGAUGGGACCAGGAGAACAGGCGAAACAAAACAGUCACUUCUUAUCGUCUGCUCAAGGAAAUUCCAGAGGACCACAAGGAUCAGGAAGACUGAUGGAGUUGGAAGGGCACGCAGGACAGAGAACUAUGGUUUCCCCUCCAGGUAACAAUAGAAUUGGAUCAGGACCGGCCGGCUCAAGAGAUCCGCGACUCUCAGGACGCCCGCAAUUCAAAGAACAGCCCAGAGACUUCAGAACGAAUAAAGAUCAAGGAGUUCCGAGAGCUCCCCUGGCUUCAUCUGGUGCGGAGAUACCGACUGAUCCGAGACGUCGGGAGCCUCCGCGUUUCCAACAAAAUCCAGCUCAAGCGCUCUCGCUCUCAUUUACGAACACCGCUUCAUUGAAACAAGUGCCUCCCGUUGCAUUCGCACUGCACGGAAUGCCUCCUCCGUUCUCAAUGGCCCACUCGGGACCUCCGAUAGAUCCCAGACACAGACCACCUGUUCCUCAUGACUUUGAUCCGCUACGCCCACCGCCUACGAUGCCAUCCAACCUUCGCCCGCCGUCGCCAUCUCUGGUGCCACCACCGCAGUUUCCGAUUCUAGCUCAACCGCCUGUCGUCCAAAAAGAAUCCAGGGAACAGAACGCAUCUGGAGACAUAGGGGAGGCCCCGAUGGACUUGUCUUUGGACGAAAUUCACGAAGACGACGAUGAAAUGAACGAAAAUAAAGAUGAUCAAGAAUCACAUCACCCCGAAGAGGAGAACGAGAUCCUCAAAAUGGCUUUCUCUCAGGUCAAACCACUAGAAGCCACGCCAUCUACGUCUUCCGCGUCCACUUCUUCUACAGCAUCGUAAUUCAUCGGAAUGUGAACUACUUACUUAAAAUUUAUAUUUUUCAGAGAAACUAUCAAGAGCCUGAAUCCAGAAACUAAGGAGAUUAUAGCUUUACUCGCCGGAAGUAAACCGGCCUCCUCGUCUCAGGAUACGGAUUUACGAGCUUCUUCUGGAGUCGCGUUCUCAAUUGAAAAGCCGAAACAAGUCCACGUGAAUCAGCGUGUGAAUGUUUUCGGGGAAGAAGAAGACGAAGACGAUGAGAAAAGUGCCGAGAGCUCGGUGAGAGGUUCCAAAGAUAAGGACUACAGGUAAAUAGGCUGAAGUUGAACUUCACAUCGUCAUAUCGUUCUGUUUAGAAACCUGAGCUCAUUGCCUCGCUCGAAUAGCCACUUCCCUAAAGACGUCGAUGACCGAUUCGACAACAUUCCCCUGCCAAAGACUCCGUCAGCAGAGGUUGAAGGACUGAAAAAGCUGAGUGACGAGAUGCAUGGGAGACUGCGUGCAAACGCAAAACAAAUAGAGCAGAAAGUGCACACGACGGUUCAGGUCACUACUAUCGGGGCAUUUCGAAGUAGAAGCGCUCUGUUGAAAAAACCCUCCACUGUUCUUGAUUUGAAUUCUGGAAUACCUUCCUCUGUUUUUGUUUGGCAUUACCCAAAGAUCACAGUUUGAACAGAGCGCGUUUAUUUUUAAAGGCCCCGAAUGUGAAAUAUUCUUCCCAUUGAACUCAUCCUGUCAAUUUAGAUGCACUCUCCAGCGUAUCAGCAAUUCCAAGUUGUUGGACCGUCUGUGUCUUCACCGCUCUUGGAAGGAGGUUUCAUUUUCCCGACACUCUCCGGUUUUCGAAUGAAAAGUGGUAAAUUGGUCGAAAAAUGUGAACUGGAUACGACUGGAAACGCCGCCAAACGCACGAGCAGUGAGAGCAACUCAUCAGAGCCGAAUGUUGAGAGCAAACGGUCGAAGGUGCCGGCAGAAGACGAGGAGCCCGCUGAGCCGGACGAAUCAACGUAUCAACCGAAGACGUUCAUGAAUCAACAGACUUGCGUGAUGAUGCCGACAGAAUCUGUCAGUUUCUUUUUGGUUUUGUAUAUUCAAUAGCUACUUUUUCCAGAAAGAAGGAUAUUCUACAUAUCAUGGUGAAGGUACCAGUACUUCCAUGAAGUCGGGUAAUUCCACGACGCCCCACACAAAAAAUCCACGCGAUCAUGAUUCUGUGGGAACAGGGAAAGCGGAUCAACUUGCGAAAAAGUCUUGGGAUUCCGCUCUUUUUGAAAAACCACGAAAAACGGAGAAGGACAAAGAAGACGGAGAGAUUAACAGCGACGAAGAGCCGGAGAAAUCGGAGAAAAGUGCAUCGAUGGCUCAGAUCAGAGCGAACGUACCGGCGACUCCUCCAGGAAUUACGAACCACGAGAAUCCAUACUUCCGCGUAAUGAGGCUAUUCGGCGUGUGUUUGUUUUCCGUUUUUUUUUUCGUUUUAUUGCGGAGCUGAAUUGGAUUUUUUGACGUAAAAAAACGAAAAAAAAAACGAAAAAAAAAAUCAUUUUUUUCGCAGCCUGAAUAACCCCAUAAGGAAUGUUUCGAAUGAUUAAUGAUUUACAAUAUUCUAUGCUCUUGCUCUAGUUCAAACUACCUUCAGGCUAUCAAUCAACCACACAAUGGCCCGGUCUAUCGGCAGCCAGCAUACGGCAGAGGAAGAGGCGCCCCCAGAGGAUACAAUCACUUUACUGGCAACCAGCCCCAUCGUGUGCAAAACGAAUCCAGACACACUGAUUAUCUGAAUGAAAGUGGGUUAUCUUUUUUGAGAAAUGCUUUUGUAAUGCAGCUUUUUCAGUGCUACCUGUCGAUUCUGCAGAAAACUGCUAUAGCAUCUUCUUUGAUUGUGACUUCAAAGACACACUGAAUCCGUGUCAAUUGAAUCGCUUCAUCGAGCAGUUGUCAAAUACAUCAAAAGUGCGAAUUGACGUGGGCUCGGGAAUUCACUUCCGAAUUUACGUCCAUGAUUAUGUUUAUGAUCAGUUGAUCGAUAAUAAGAACAGGGCGAUGAGUCCGUUCUACCACACUUUCCGUAACUACAUGGAUACUAAACUUGUCGUCGUUCUUGGCAGGCAUUCGUGUGAUGACCACCGGGACUCGAACGUAACCAUAGAAUCGGCCGAGCAUUAACCAUAAACUGUUUUCAGAAAUUAGCUGCAUGUAUGCAGCAGGUGAACACGAAACAAGGAGCGAAGGAAGCAAUUUAUAUCUCACAAAGUAAGUUUAAUAUUGAAUCUUCCAACUAAGAAUACCGUUUAGCUAUAAAGCCAAGCGACGAAGUGCACCGCGACUUGCGAGCUCAUCACAUUCAAGUUAUGACAAUUCAACUCUUCACAAGUUAUAUGCUCGAGAAACAUGAUCUCGUUCUUUAA